AUGGACAGCAAACUUGAAGCGGAUGGAAAGAAGAUUCAGAUCCAGCUGACAGGGUUCAUGGAAAAGAACACAGUGAAGUUCAUGAAGGAGCUCUGGAGCCUUCUCCUCAGUGCGCAGCAGAAUGCCAGUGGGGUACCUCAACAGUUUCUGGAUGAAAAGGAGGCUGAGAUACAUCAGAAAAAGCUGUGCAAGGGCGUGGGUUUUGUUCACGGCCGCGGGGUGCUCCACCGUGAUCUAAAACCGCACAACCUGCUCAUGGACCGCAAGACCAUGGCGCUCAAGAUCGCUGACCUCGGACUCAGCCGUGCCAUCACGGUCCCUGUAAAGAAGUACACGCACGAGAUUCUGACGCUGUGGUACAGAGCGCCCGAGGUUCUUCUUGGCGCCACACACUACUCCACGACAGUUGACAUUUGGUACGUGGGCUGCAUAUUUGCUGAGUUGGUUACUAAUCAGCCACUUUUCCCUGGCGAUUCCGAGUUACAGCAGCUCCUCCACAUCUUCAAGUUGCCGAGCACCCCAAAUCAGGAGAUGUGGCCAGGAGUAGGCUCCAUCUUGUUCUAGACCUUUUUCUAAAUCAUAUUUUUACUCGUCCAGGCUUUAUACAUAUGUUAUUAUUGCACUA